GUCUGUGUGUGUGUGUGUGUGUGUGUGUGAUUGUGUGGUGUGUGUGUGGGUGUGUUUCAGUGUGUGUGUGAGCGUUAACCGGCCGAUAGAGAGAUUUCACUGAACGAGACAAGAGCGAAGAACUGAAACGAGAGAAAAAGAAGAAAGAGAAGAGAAGCAGUUGGACUUGAAACGGAGAGAGAACGUUGGAGGAACGUUGUGAUGUGGAGGUUUAGCUCCUCCCAUUAAUGACAUCGCCAACACUGGCCCCACCCCCAAACCAACAAAUCCAUCAUGGCUGACAAAAAUCUCUCUGGUUUACCUCCUCCUUCCCUGUCUUCACCUUCUCAUCAGAAUGGGAGGUUUGGGGGAGUGGUGCCAAAAGGUUCUCCAACCCCUCACCAAAAUGGUGGGCUGGACACAGGACCGGGACACCACAGUUCAAGUAACACCAGUCCUGUUCCCCAGUCUCACUCUGUUCCCAGCGGCAGGACCUCGGUCUCCACCUCACCCCUCAGGACCCUCCGAGGUCAGGUGACUCCCGUACAAGGGUCUGGUCCUGAGGACAGCUCCGGCUCCACCAGACCCCGGGGUCAGAGCCUUGGAUCUGCUCUGAGCUCCAGGACCAGAACUACAGCUACCAGGAGCAAGCGCAGGAACAGCCAGCAAGAGGAGCCGGAGGCCUUGUUGGACCUGAUCUUAGAGUCUCAGGGUCAGAGAUUGGACGAUCAGAGAGCCAGCCUCAGUUUGCUGCCUGAUCCGGGACCAUCUGCACUGUGUGGGGCCUGCAGCCCCGACCAGCUCCACCAGCCCAGUCUGGACUUCUACUACAUGCUUAUACACUAUCAGUCUGACAGGAUGGAGGACCAGAGGUGCCAUCUUCCUGAUCUUGAUGAUGUGGCUGGAUCAGUUCCUGAAGGUCAGGAGGAUUUCUUCAGUUUGAUCCAGAGAGUUCAGUCCAGGAGGAUGGAUGAGCAGAGAGCCUCACCGCUGAUAACACACACUGAGGACGGUGAUGACGCAGACUCCGCUGGUUCCUCCCUCCAUCACCAUCAUCACUGAUGAAGAUAAGAACAGGGAGAAGGGUUUUACUGAGUAUUGUUUCUAAGUGUCAGACAGAGUCUGGAUCUUGUCAUCAGGAUUUUUUUUGGAUGUUUUUGUGAAUCAGUCCGACUGCAGUAUUCAGUCUUAAAACAGAAACCAGACUGUGUUGAUGUGGACACUUUGACGACUCUCUUGAUGGUUGACUCCGAACAGAAACCUGAGACUGUUUGGAGUUCAAACAGCGUGAAGGUUUGAUCUGAGAACAGCCAACUGUGUACUUACCGUGCAACAGGGUUUCUCAGCAAUUGCUGGCAUAAGAUCUGGCUCUGACCCUGGGAGUUAAAGGUCUCCUGCUGAGUCCAUGUUUUUGUGAGUGAGUCCAUGUUUUGUUUGAUCAUGAGCAUAUGGGCCAGGGUGUGAACUACAGGGAGCCAGGGGGAGAUUGGUUCCUCUUUAUAAGACAUCAACUCCCUUGAAAACGUGAUUUAUGAAAAUAGGCUAUUAUUGAUGUACGAUUCAAGCAUGAGGGUGGUUCUUCACUAAUUCAAUUAAUAAGGAUACCGGCAUAUAUACAAUUCUUGCCAUCUGCAUCAAAGUGUGGCAGUGCAGUAUCAUAAACAGUUUAUGAUACUGCACUGCCAGACAGAAAAUAAAUAGUUAACUAAUGUAUGAACCAUAGCACUCAGGAAUACGCAGGUGUAAUUAUUCAACACAGGAGGUUAGAUUAGUAAAUGCUCUCUCUCUCUCCUCUCUGCUCUCCGCACAGCAGGAAGCAGUGGCUACUUUUCGCCUUUUUUCUUAUUCUUAUUGAUAGGCAUAAUAAUAAAUAAAAGUGAAAUUAAGUAUUUAAUAAAUGUUGUAUCUGUUGUUUCUGACCACAAAAAGUGAAAAAAGUGAGCUCCCCCAAAAGCCAUAGUAUCGUUGGAUCACAUCGCCCACUGAUCCACAUCCUGCUGCAAGUUUCACAUUAUUCACUGAGAAACUGAACAAGUUUAUCAUACUGUUUUCACACAGUGUUGCUGAAAACAUUUUGGUUUGUAAAACACAGAAAAAGCAAAGCAGAAUCCAGAACCAAGACCUUACAGGGUCUUACAGGUUCAGGUUUUGGGAAGCUCCAGGGCGCUAAGUUCCUGUGGUGGAAACGAAAUGCAAGAAAAAAUGGAGAAAUGAAUACAUGUAAUUUUACAGUAAAACUCAUCAGUCAAAUGGAAGCAGACAACUUGUUCUGACAUGAUCUCCUUUAAAAAUGUUUUAUCAUCAGGUCCAGGGUCCUGGACCUCAUUUUGAGAAACUGUGAAUCCUGCAGCUCACACUCUCCUGGUGUCUGGACUUUAAAAUUAAGAACAGGAAGACUGAGAACCUGAGAUGAUCCGACAGAAACAGGACUAGUCCAAACCUGAUCAGACCUGAACCUGUCCUGGGUCCAACCUGCUUCUGUUCUCCUUACUUCUGUCCUGGAGUGAACGUGAAUGAGUUUUUAAACUGUAGCAUCAGUAGAAACUUGCACUUUUGAUGAAGCUGUCACAUAUUUUAACAUGGUUCUGAUUUUUAAAUAUUUAUCUAACACUGUCAGUGUCUGUUUUUGUUCAGAUAAAGAAAUUCAUGAUAGAAGAGGCUGGAUUCAAACUGAAGGUCAGCACUGAGUUAGAAGAAGCUGAACAUAUAGAGUUUAACAUCACGUCCUGCAGCGUCUGACCUGAUCCUUGCUAUUCCAUUUCCUUUCACAAUAUGACAAAAGAAGUUUUUUUAACUUGUAAAUGUACAUUUCUGCUCUAAUAAUAAUCAC